AUGCAACCCGAGUCUGACCAGCACUUUGAACAUAUCUGGAUCAUUACCGGCCCUGCAGGGUGCGGAAAGACGACUGUCGCGCAGCACCUUGCGACGGAGCUGUCACUACCCUAUCUCGAAGGCGAUGAUUUCCAUCCGAUCGCCAACAAAGAAAAGAUGGCCUCAGGCAUCCCCCUCACAGACGCCGACCGAUGGGAUUGGCUGAUUACCCUCCGAGAAGCCGCCAUCCAGAAACUCCAGACGUCCAACUCCGUCAUAGUCACAUGCUCUGCCCUGAAACGAAAGUAUCGAGAUGUCAUCCGCGUCGCGAACUACGAGCACCCGUCCGUACAGGUCCAUUUUGUCUACCUCAAGGUGGACGAGUCAACCUUGCAGGCAAGAGUCGCCGCUCGGGUCGGCCACUACAUGAAGGAGAACAUGGUGCACAGUCAAAUGGUUACGCUUGAAGAACCUGAGGAAGAUCUCGAGUGGGACGUCCUACAGGUGGACGUGCGCGAAGACAAGGAGAUGGUCAAGAGACAUGCGCUGGAGAUGGUGAAUGCCAAACUGAAGGAAUACGAAGAUAUGGAACCUCCCCACAAACAAUGA